AUGAUCGCUGCUGUACUGACCGCGUUGCUCUUUGUGUCAGCAACUCAAUAUGUCACUGCCGAUGACAACAACCACUGCCCGUCUGGAUGGACAUUCUCCACGAACACUUCUUAUUGUUACAUCCAGUCUUCUCAAUACAUGACAUAUUCUGAAGCAGAUCCUUAUUGUCAGUCUAUCGGUGGAUCUCAAGUUUUUGUUUUCACAACCAGGGAACUCACUUGGCUCACUGAUUUCACUUCAUCGUCUCUUGUCCAACCUUGGAUUGCUACUACCAGAAACACCACUACCAAUAUUUGGUACAAUUCUGAUAAGACUACACCACCCAGAUCUUAUUGGACUACUGGAGAGCCAGGUGUCAAUGGGGACUGUGCAACGUUCAAAGGAAUAACAACAGCUGGACUCAAAGCAACUCAAUGUUAUAGUCUUCAGCCUGCUCUCUGCAGACAAAUGCCUGCAUUGUGUCCAACAAUAAAGGACUAUGGAGGGUCAAGUACAAGAUCUGGAACAAUCCAAUCGCCAGGGUAUCCAGUACAAUAUUACAAUAACCUAGACUGCUGGUACACGAUUACUUCUCCGAAGAACACCUAUAUCACACUUCUAUUCAAUCCUUAUAUGGUUCAAGAUUACGUUGAUUACAUCGAUGUCUACGACGGUCCCAAUUCAAGUUACCCAUUCCUUGGAACAACUGACUACUGGUACUUCCUUCGUUUCGAUUUCGAAAGUUCCAACAACUCAGUGAGCUUCAAGUUCCACACUGAUAAUAUUAUUACUGACAAAGGAUGGCAGCUGACCUGGAAUGCAAAAUCAAACACUCCACCAAUCAGCCAAUCGGGUCAGAAUGGGUCAUUCACUUCUCCAAACUACCCGAACGAUUAUGAUCCAUACACUGAACAAUUAUAUUAUAUAACUGCACCACUUGGAUUUCAAGUUAAUGUAUCAAUCACUGAUUUUGUGACUGAAUUGAAUUUCGAUAUUUUGGAAAUUUACAACUCCUCGUAUGUCAGCUCCAACUAUCUGGUAGCAAACUUAUCCGGUCCAUCCAUUGCUCCAUGGUCCUGGGUAUCUCCUUCUCGAUACGUGACAAUGCGAUUCAAAUCUGACUACAUGGUCCAGAAGAAAGGAUUCUCACUGUUUUGGUUCAUCCAAUAA